AUGGCGACGGUUGCUCAGCCAGCUCCCCCGAACGGCUGGGGCUUCAGCAAGGGCGCGCCGAGCCCCUUCUCGCAAGCCCAGUUUUCCUCAGACAUCUACGAGGCUGUCGGCCGCGCCACCACGACACGCGGUCCGGUCUCGCCCCCGGGCACUCCGUUCUUCGAGAAGCGCGUGCGGCCCCACCAGCGCCCGCUGCGCCCCUACGGCACCCCCACCGCCCACGAGACCAUGUGCAUUGAGGACGAGCGCAUCUUCCGGCACCUGGACGGCCUCGUCACGUCGCGCCUCUACGGCCCGCGCGGCGACAGCAUCCGCGCCCACGUCGGCGACGUCCAGUACGACCCCUCCCGGUACGGCCGCGGGGACCACUCCACGGGCAAGCGGCACGUGGACCCCCUGACUCAGCACGACUACGACGUCAUCACGCUCACGCCGACGAGCUCGCCGGGGAGCUCCCCGGCCGUGAGCUACACGGGGGUGCCGCGGCCGCGCACGGGCACGCGGCACCACCGCGACCACGCCGGCAACGUCAUGCUGGACCCGGACCUGCCCUGUGCGGGGAAGCUGCGCCGGGGCGGCAACAGCAACGCGUACCACCACGGCCUCGCGGUCGUCGACGACGGCAGCUUCGACCCGAUCUGCGGGAGCUUCAAGCGGCCCCCGACCAGCCACGCGGAGAAGCGCCUCGUCGACAAACAGGCCGGCCGCAGACACACGCCGACGGUCGGCGGCGCCGUGGACCCGCUCACGGGGGUCCUCCGCGUCGCGGAGCCCGUGAUUGCGGCGCCGGGCGCCGCGGGGCGCCCCUCUGCGCUCGCGCACCAGGACCGCGGCAAGCGCGUGGCGUCCGACCGGGGCAUUUUCAACCCCAUCGUCGGGGACUGGCAGGCCGGCGGCCCGCCGGAGGCCCCCGCAGCAGGCCAGCGGCCCGCGGGGGUGAUGACGGGGCGCGGGUACGCGGAGCAGUACUCGAUGGGGCGGCGGCACAUGCCGACGGAGAUGCUGUCGAUGAAGGCGCGCGACCCGGUGACGAACCGGUGGAACUAG